AAGGGAACAAUGGCCUCUUCUCCAGCCAAUAUAAACUCCCCAUCUGCAUCAUCAUCACCAUUGUCUCAGGUUUUACAAGCUUUGGAAUAUUGAAAAAAGGAUGAGAAUGGAAAGUAGAGUGAGUAGAGUUCCUGGUGUUGGUCUUUUGGGUAUUUUGGUGGGCAUGAGCAUGAGUGUGAGUGUGAUCAUGGCGUGGGCUGCUGUACCAGACUGUUUUACAGCUACCAGAGAAAUGGUACCUUGCCUGGGAUACCUUAUGACAGGAAACCCACCUCCACAGAUUGGAAGCCCUUGCUGUAAAGGAGUGCAAACUCUCCAUGGCCAGGUCAACAAUCAUGUGGACAUGCAGAGCAUUUGCCAAUGCAUGAAGAUUGAUGCUAAUAUUUACCACUUCAAUGAUGCUGCUCUCUCCACACUCAUGCCUUCUUGCUCUGUUUUCUUGCCUUUCAAUCUCACCAAGUACAUGGACUGCUCAAAGGUACCUCAGGAAUGGAAGACCAGCUCCAAGAUUCCACCUGUUUAACUUAAUGUCUACCAGUCACUCUGCUCAAAAGUGAAUAUGAAGAAACUACAUUAGUGUCUACGAAUCAUUCAAACCAUCUCAAUGGAACUGAGUAGGAAUUUUAGAAUAAUUCCCCACAACAGCUGAGCUCAUAGCUCUUGGACUGAAUUGCAAAUUGUUAAAAUAUGCUAUUUAUUUUAUCAAGGGAAAUGAAUCUUAUGCCAAAAUAAAUGUUUUAGAGGGUCAAGCAAUCAAUGUUUCUUGUGAAGGCCUGUCUAUUUUAUAUAGAGAGUAUGUUAGCAUGUGAA